AUGCCCUUCUCCCCCAGUGCCCCUAGACCCCUCCCCCGCCCCCUUGCUGAGUGCCACUUUGCCCACGUUAACCUUCACAUAUGUCAGCUGACCUUCGAGCCUCCACUCAUAGUCCUCGUGGUCCUUCGUCCGCCUUGGCCCUUGAGAGUGCCACUAACUCCCUGUCUCCUUCCCGCAGCCUCCCACGUAGGACGGUGGCACACUUCGGAAGGAUGCUUAGGAAUGGGUGGCACCGACGACAGCGCCAACUCCUCCCCCGAUUUCAAUCUUCCGCCCCCACUGCAGCCUUCCUCUCCAGGUAACCACGCCCGCGGACACGCCUACGUGGCCGCCCGGGCUCCCCCUCCCUUCGUCAAUUCUUUGUCGAGCAUGAGUGUGGGUGUAGUGCCUGGCAGGGUGGUGGACGCCGCCCGCGCCAGGGGCUACACCCGUGCACGCCUCCCUGGCAUGGAUGUUCCUCACCUUCCCCUUCCCAGAGCACAUCCUGCACUUGUGGGUCUGCCCCGUGGGCGGGACGGAUGGGCGUACCCGUCGAGGCCGCCCCGCGCCACGCGCUGGAACCGUCGCUCGGCACGCUCCCCGCGCUCAGCCCAGCACGAGGGCGCGGCGACCCACGGAGAUGCUAUUCCACUUUUAACCUCGCAGGAAGUUGUAGAUGAUAUGCAUGCUCACUCUGCUUUACCCUCUCUAGCAGAUAUUCCGCAGGAAUUCCCAGGCGACGCCCAGACGGCUCCUCGGGAUGAAUUGGGUUCGCCCUCGCUCGCCGACCCCUCCGGCGAAGUGCCUGCGUCCACCGCUGAUAAAUUAAACGCAUUAGAUACCAGAAGUUCCGGUAUUGAUCUAGGGCCGGCCAAGGGCGAGGCCUCCGAGCAGCCCGAGGCCCUCGCUCAGGCUCAGGAAAAACUCAUAUCAGUAAAUCAUGGAAACGGCGCGGCAGAUAACACUCCGGAAGUGCGGCAGGAAACAUUUGCGGCAGCUCACAACCCGCGGGAUUCGGAGGACCUCGGGGGCGCCCCCUCCCUCAACCCGGCCCCUUCGCACCCUCCUUCUGUCCCCUCACCCUCAGGGCUCCCCACACCCCCCCUCCACCCCGUGACCCACCUCCCGGGGUCUCGACCGACGCAGUCUCAGCUUCGUUCCUCAUUAUCUAUGAGUGACCCCGGUCUCCCCUCCUCGCUCUACCUCGCGACGCCUGAGGUCGCGGCGACCGUGACCUCACCAGCAGCCACGCAGGACCGCACAAAUGCAGGCCUUUAUGUCCCUUUUAAAGGCCAGUCCUUGUCCGAACAAUUACCUCGGCAAGACGAGGCGGGCGUGCAUGGCGGGGAAGAAACGGUUUUGCAUGAACGGUGGCGAGGCAUCAUGGCAGACAGGGGACGUGGGCUCGCCUCAUCCGGCUAUGCCAUCGCGCCGAGGCCGAAGAGAGAGGAGGAGAACCCAUCUCUAGAGAACACCCCCUCCGACCAUCAUGAAUACCAAGUGACUCCAGAGACACCGGCCUCGACGCCCCUCAUUCUGCCUUCAUUCCAGAGGCCCACGACUGAGGGAGAGGCUGUAGCACAUCUAAGAUAUACUGACACACUCGAGGAAAGAAAAGAUCCAGACACUCCAGUUGUUUCCGAUCAUACAGAUUCGCCGCUUCCCUCCUCCUCUUCCCCCUCCGCACUUUCUGCCGACUUCGAUGUUAACAGCGGCUCGUCACGCGACUUUCAAGGCGACCCCGCCACGCAUUACUGGCCUCGACCCGCCGACUCUCCAUCCGGGACGGGAACAUACGCAGCGUCUGCCGGGACAUCUGACUCGCCAAUAAAAGACGCGAAUUCGUUGUCGCAAUAUGUCAUUCCGCGUAGUUCUACCUCCGCAGGGUCGCCUCGCGCUGCACCACUGCAGAGCGCCCUGCCGCACCUCGACGGCGUGGAGGAAUACACGUACAUUAGUGAUGAUCCUGGCGCCUUUGAUGGCACGUUCGAUACACCUGUUGAUUCAAGUGUCAAUUCGCCUCAUCCUCAUUUUGCACCUGUUGACGUCGUCACAAACACCGGAACAGUGACAACGGCCGCCAAGACUGUUGCUCCCGCGCCGCCUCUUGUCCCCUCGCCCGGCCCGACCCGAAGCACCAGCGUCCCUACAGCCCCCAUACCCUACUUAGCCACUGCCCUCCCCAUGACUACAGGUCACAGCAGCACCGAAAUCCCUGCGCUCAUAAAACUCCGUGCGGAGGAAACACCCGGAGUGGCGCCCCGGCCCGCCACAGCUGCCCACGACCGGGCUUCCCCAGCAGGCGUAACCUCCUCCCCUGAAACGCCCCUCGCUGAUGGGGCCAUAAACCGGAGCCAUCCGGACGUUAAUAACACAAACGUGGUUGCCUCUUAUGGGGAUUCUCUCGCUAAUCAAACUGAAUAUGGUAUAAUGCGGCAACCACAAGUAACGCCCGCUAAUAACGAUAAAGUAAGAGAGGGCGGUGGGGGGGGGACGGGAGUAGAAGGAGAAGGAGGGGAAUCUGAGUCUCAGGAACAAGUGGGGAGCUACGACGCCACGGGACACUGGGGGGAUUACGAACGAGACUCUGGAAUGGACUCUUUUUUCGACGACAGAGAUCUUGAUUUCUUAAUCAAUGACGAACCGCAGUCGCACGAAGCGGCUCCGUCAGAACAGGAGAAAGAAGACAUAAAAGAGGACUUGACUAUUUCCGCUGAAAAUGGGGCAGACGGGUCGCCAGAGGGUUUUCAUGCCUCUAAUGGGGAAGAACAGUAUCAGGAUAAUCAGAACCGUCCUUCAGACUAUCAUAAUGCUGGGGAAGCUACUCCGACGCAUUCCCAGGAUGGUUUGUCCCCUCCUUUGAAUGAUGACCGUCUAUACCAAGACGAAUCUUACGGUGAUCAUCCCCCUCCUUCCCAGACCACCAACGCCCACGGUAGUCUACCUCAAGCCUCCGCCCCCACACACGAUUCUCAGCCCCGAUAUGACAACAGAGGUGAAAACACGCAGGGAAUAGUGGGGGGAUUUUCACGGGAGGAGGACCAAAUCCCCGCGAUCUCCCAAAGAGGGGAAGAUGAGCAGGAUGUGGGAUAUGAGGGGCGAGAAGAAGGGGAAGAAGAGGAAACGACACAGACGCACCACGUGGAGACCCACAGCCGCAGUCGUGUCCUUGAGGAUUCUGCCUUGCAAGAACAACACCAGUCCGCUUCCCAUCCCUCACUCUCGCCAGGUCAUCAUAGCGGGGUAAAUAUUGAUCCUCGUAAGGAGCCACUUGAUGCCUCUCUCGCCACUGAUGGUCCGAGCCGAGAGCAAUCACCUAGUAAUGCUCACAAAGCCCCGGACGCUCCUGUUGGAAUUUCUACUAUGAUGACGGCGGACGGCGAGAUGAGGUCGGAGCCGACAGCACUCUCUCCCUCCGUCACUCAGCCUCCUUUCCGCCAGCCCUCUGCCGGCUCCCAGGGGGACCUGGAGGAGGAGGGGAGGGAAGAAGGUAUCGGUACCGGUAUGCAGCGAGAGCCCUUCAACGAGCAAGGUGAAGCUACAGUUCAAGUGCCACCGUCUUCUGCUGCCAGUGAUCCUCCUCUGGCCCUCCAAGCGAGUAAUGAAAUUUCUUACGAACGGGAGGAAAGCGGUUCCCUCGCCCUCCCUGUCAUCGGAGACAUCUCUCUGCACCAGAAGAAGUCAUCGAUCGUGAUGGGCGAGACAUCCUCAUCGUCAUCAGAUCCUCUGGACACGGCGACCGACAGAAUUGGAAUCAAUGACGUGACGGCCAAGGAUCACCGAGCCAAGAUCACCAGCAAGGACCUCCCCGACGAAGACGACCCUUCUUUUGCUGGAAAUCAGAGUGCAGAGGCGGCCGCCUACCCCCGGCCCUCCCCCUCGCCCCUCGACGCUCACAGCGACCAAGACACCACAUUGCAGGCGGAAUAUAAACGCCAGGAGACGCUCGAGGCAGAGUAUAAUCGUCAAGGAGGGAUAGAGACGUCGGCAGGAAGACAAUCAGUUUCUGGCUCUCUGGAAGCAUCGGGUUACAGCGAGCGUAAGAAAUUGGGGAUCGUUCCUACGGCAUCUGUAGCCAACCAAGGACACCAUUUCCUUUCAAGAAGCAAUCAAGUGGCCGGUAAUCCCAAUCAGGAGUCUGUCCACACUCAGGUCAGCUCACGGGAUCCUGCUGGGGGAAAUAGACAAGAUCAGAUUCCUCCAUUGAGGGGGAAUUAUCAUGAGGAGGAGGAAGGAGAGGAGGGAAGAGAAGAGGAAAACGCCGAGGAAGACGGGUCAAAUUUUGAGUAUUAUCUUGGAAGUGACAGUUAUGUGUACGACGACGAAGCACACGGUUACGAGGACUCAUUCGACGAUUACGAGUACGAAGAAGGAAACAGAAAGAAUCAAGCUUAUGAAGGAGGACACGGAUACGACGGUGAAGGCACGGGUGACGUGAAGGAUAGACAGUCAGAAGAACAUAGACACGAAUAUGGGCAUGCAGAAAGACAAGACAACCAUGAAGGAAGCAGUCAUCCGAAUGAACCGCCUAUUGGGCAUGAUCACGAGAAUCAUACUGAAAGUGACGGCGGGGGGACACAAGACGAGAGUCACGUGACUUCCUACGGCGCCGGUCGUGACGAACUCGCAGGUACUUCCCAUGACCAAGGACACGACCAUCGAGCUCCAGGAAGCCAAACGCCAUCACAGGCCCAGGGAGAAGAAAGUUGGCAGAUUCCAGGACCACCUGCUGGAGCGUACCAAGACCCUGUCACCACUGCACGACCUGACGACCAUAUCUUCCACCGCCCGGAAUUUCAUGGAAGCGCCCACGAAGGCGGCUCUCCGACCCACGGGGACAGCACAAACCUCAGCAGCUCGGCUUCUGGGGACGCGGGUGGAGAUGAAAGGAAAGAAGAAGAAGAAGAGCAAUAUCCCGUGGAAGGAAGAAAUAUUCCUCUCGCUUCAGCAAACGAAGAUGACACAUCCGCUGUCGCCGGCGGAGGAGGAUACACGGCGUGUGUGGGCGUUCACAAUAACUCUUCUCCUGUCAGCAGUGAAGGCGCGGGCGGGACUGGCGGAGACGGGGUGGCGGGGGGAGCGGCAGGAGGCGAGGGUGACACUAUUAUGCCUCGGCGCGAACACUGGCAAUCCCAGGAUCCUCCAUGCAAAUGUCCCUGCCCGUGCGAGGGCCCCGGGGAUCCCCCUGUAAUGCCUGGACGUGUUGCGGCAAAUCUCAAUAUCGGAGAGCCGGCGAUCAGCGACCAUCAGGAACCUACGACCACCACGACCACCACAACCACCACUACCACCACUACCACGACCACCACCGCCCCGCCGACGACCACGCCCCGCCACGAACACCCGCGCCACCACGACGAUCUGGACUUCGACUACGACAGCGAUGGGCACGACGUCCACAUAGACCAUGAUUCGGGCUACGACAGCUCUGAACACUACCACGACUCGGACCACGACCCGCACGACCACGACCAUCACCACCGUCACCGACACCACCACGGGGACGACGACGACGAGGACUACGACGAGGACGACGAGCGAGAGCGGCACAGAGAUCACACACACCCGCGCCACCCACACCGAGGGGGCGAAGGACGGAGGAACCGAACUUACGUCCCUCUCGUGGUGCCGGGCCGCCUGCAGUACUUCGCUACCGUCCAGUACAUCUCCACCGACGAAGGCCCCGAGACCUCCUACGACCCCCACGCCAACCAGGUCGAGGCGUGGGGCAACGCCCUCAUCCUCCCGCCAGACAGCGCAGGAAAGACCGACUGGUUCCUCCGCAGACCCGAUGCCACGGCCUCCGCCUCAACCCCCGGAGGUACCUCUGUCAAUAGGCCUUAUACGCACAUGCCCCCCGACGGGUCCUCCUUCAACCCGCUGAACCUCGGAGAGAAGAAGGAGUUCAACCUUGCCCCUUACGGCUACUGGAACAUCCACUUGACCCUCAAUGACCCCACGGAUUUGAGGAUUGUUCUGAGCGUGCCAAGGGGUACCAACCUUGGCCUGUACGCUCGCCGUGGGAAGCUGCCGACCCACACUCAGCACGACAUCAUGAAAAUCCUGAGGGGAAAUCGGCAGAGGGACAUCCGGGCAUCCCCCGUGAGUACGCCGGUGAGUAUGGUCGAGCUGACCGUCGAGGAGGUGCUGGAGGCAGGUGAGUGGUUCCUCUCGAUCUACAACGACGACGGCGACCCCCACCAGGUGAACUUGGUGAUCACCCGAGGCCCGGGCGGAGGGGAGUGCCCACAGAGGUGCCACGAGAGGGGGAAUUGCAUUCUCGGCAGGUGCCAGUGCGCCCCGGGAUACAGCGGGAUCGACUGCUCUCAAGUGCUUUGCCCUAUAUUGUGCUCUGGCCAUGGUGCCUAUGUGGGAGGGCAAUGCAUCUGCCACCCCGGAUUCAAGGGCAAGGAGUGCCAGCUUCGACACCACGAGUGUGAAGUGCCAGACUGCCAUGGUCAAGGGCACUGCGUGGACGGGCGCUGCAAGUGUGCCAAAGGAUACACCGGCGAAUUUUGUCAGACAGUGGACUGCCCGAAUCCGAAGUGCUCAGGCCACGGGUGGUGUGUGAUGGGGACCUGCGUGUGCCAGAAGGGAUGGCGAGGCGACGACUGCUCCGAGAUGGACGUGGAUGCCCAGCAGUGCCUCCCCGACUGCAGCGGCCACGGGGCCUUUAGCAUCGAGGCCCAUGCUUGUGUGUGCGACCACCUUUGGACCGGCUCUGACUGCUCCAAGAUUUGUAACAGUUUACAAAAAAAGCGUUUAUAUGAUUUGCCUAUGAAGCUGGCGCAGUAUAGCUUAGGAGAAUCAGACCGAGCUUCAUCUGCAAACUUGGAAUCAAACCCCGUCCAUGCUCCUUCCGCCUCUCCCCACUUUGCCUCUUCAUGUUACACGUCGCCCGAUAUUUCCGUGCGAGCAACUUCGAUUCCCGUGCGAGUGUCUCAUCGUGUGUUAGAUCACACUGUUUGCUUUGGAGGCCUUGUUGAUUGA